CACAGAAGAGGGUCCUGAUGACAUCACAUCCUCUCCUAUCAGUUACGCUGCCUAAAAAGUUAAGAGACAAAGAUCACCCGCGCUGCGCUGCACCGCCCCGAGGACGAUGGCCGCGUCUCCUGCACUGCUCCUCCUGCUCAGCCUCACGCUCUGCUGCACCGGCACCCAGGGACAGAGGAACACGAUGGAGGCCAGGUUCCUCAGCAGGAAUAUGAAGCACCCCCAGGAGGGACAGCAGCUGGAGAUGGAGUGCCAUCUUCCCAACAGUCAUGAAGGUAUUUUCUGGAUCCGCCUGGACAAGGAUGGGAACCUUCACUUCAUUGUCUCCAGAAUCCGUCCUUCUUGGAACACCUUCCAUUUUAAUAAGAAAAUAUCUCCAAACUUUGAAGCAUCAUGUGCAGGCAAGUCCUAUCGGCUGGUGGUGAAGAACUUCACGGCACAGGACCAGGGGACCUAUUACUGUGUCAACUACAGCAACCAGGUGCUGAACUUCAGCUCUGGACAACCCGCCUUCUUCCCAGGUCAGAAACAGCUUCACCCACCUCGCUUACACCCACCACCCCUGCGCGUGCCUUUUCUAUCCAUCCGAUCACCCACACUCCCCAUCUCCCUGCUUCUUCGCCCAGUGCGUCUCAUGACACACGCACUGCUCCUCCUCAUACAGGCUCCCUGCCCACCAGCUCCGCUCACGCUACCAGCCCUGCCCAAACACAGAGGUUCGCGCAGCCCAGCGGCACCUCCCCAUCCCAUCAGCGCCUCUGAGGGAUGAGAGUAACAAAGCCCGCAGCCACCCCCUCCUUCCUCACCUCACCUGGACCUCUAAUUCCCAAAGCCUCUAAAUGCGUACAGGACUUCAAAAAAGAACUCAAAAAUAUCCCCAUGACUCUCAGGACAUGUUUCAUAACAGAGAUAACCAAGAGCUCACACAUACUGAGGGCGCUGAAAAGAAAUUAGGAGCCUGGAUCCCUCUGUUUACACGGCUGGGCAGCGUGUCAUUGAAUCAUAGAAUCAUAGAAUGGCUUGGGUUGGAAGGGUCGUCAUCGAUCAUCAUGCUCUAGGCCCCCUGCUGCAGGCAGGGCCACCAACCUCCAUAUGUAUUGCUAGACCAGGAUGCCCAGGGCCCCAUCUAACCUGGCACUGAA